AUGGCUACCGACAUAAGGGUCUCCGAAUUGAAAGACCCGGUAGAUGUGGCUGAGUACUUGUUUCGAAGACUGUACGAAGUUGGCGUAAGAGGUGUUCAUGGCGUGCCAGGGGAUUAUAAUCUUGUAGCCCUGGACUAUAUACCUCAACAUGGUCUGUACUGGGUAGGCAAUUGCAAUGAACUCAAUGCUGGCUAUGCAGCAGAUGGAUACGCUCGAGUCAAAGGCAUCUCAGCUGUAGUGACAACGUUUGGUGUGGGCGAAUUGAGUCUUCUCAAUGCAAUUGCUGGGGGUUACUCUGAAUAUGUACCCAUCGUACAUAUAGUCGGGACUCCUUCGACGUUGUCUCAAAAAGAUGGAAUGCUCUUACAUCACACAUUGGGCAAUGGCAACUUUGAGGUGUUUGCAGACAUGAGCAAGAAUAUCUCUUGCGCGACAGCGAAGCUUAACGAUCCGCACGAAGCCGCCACUCUUAUUGACCAUGCCAUACGAGAGUUUGAGGGAGAACGACUGAGGACUCCCCUUGACUUAGAUUAUCCUACCAAUAACGAAGAGAAAGAGGACUAUGUGGUAGAUGUCGUAUUGAAGUACUUGCAUGCGGCUAAGAACCCUGUGAUACUUGUUGAUGCCUGUGCGAUUCGCCAUCGGGUGCUGAAUGAAGUACAUGAGUUGGUAGAGAAGUCAGGUUUACCCACCUACGUCGCACCAAUGGGAAAAGGUGCUAUAGACGAGACUCUUCCAAACUACGGGGGUGUUUAUGCUGGGAAUGGGAGUAAUGCCGGUGUGGCAGAUCGCGUGGAGUCUGCAGACCUUGUGCUCAGCAUCGGUGCCAUCAAGUCGGACUUCAACACGGCAGGAUUUACAUACAGAGUGAGCCAGCUCAAGACAAUUGACUUUCACAGUAGUAUUAUGAGAGUCCGAUUCUCUGAAUACCCCGGUGUGAGAAUGCAAGGAGUCUUGAAGAAGGUGACUGCAAAGAUGGGCAAAUUGAGCAUACAACCAGGGCCUUCAUAUGACAACAUUGUUCCCAAAAAGGAUCAAGGAGUCUCAACCACUGAAGUCAUCACACAUGAUUGGUUGUGGCCAAGUGUCGGCCAAUGGCUUGAGCCAGAUGACAUAGUCAUUACCGAGACUGGCACUGCUAACUUCGGAAUAUGGGAGACCAAAUUCCCCAAAGGGGUGACGGCCCUGUCCCAAGUCCUUUGGGGUUCGAUUGGCUGGUCUGUCGGCGCAUGCCAGGGUGCCGCGUUAGCUGCCAAAGAAAGCGGUAGCAGGCGAACAGUACUCUUUGUCGGCGACGGCAGUUUUCAACUGACCGCACAGGAGGUGAGUACCAUGAUCAGAAACGAUUUGAAACCCAUCAUCUUCCUCAUUUGUAACAAUGGCUAUACUAUCGAACGAUAUAUCCAUGGGAUGGACGCCAAUUACAACGAUAUACAAGAAUGGAGGAACAAAGAUCUUGUCGACGUGUUUGGCGCGACGCCACAAACAGCCAAGACGUAUCAAGUGAGAACCAAAGAUGAGGCAAACGCACUUUUCAAGAGUAAAGAAUUUUGUGCAGCAUCGGUUUUGCAGUUCGUUGAGCUUUACAUGCCGAAAGAGGACGCACCCAAGGCACUGCAACUGACGGCCAAGGCAUCAGCAGAAACAAAUGCUAAGCAAUGA